GCGCGCUCGGAGCCGGGCUGGUGCGCGGAGAGGCCCGGCGGGCGCGGGCCGCGCAGGCUGGUUACUUUGUUUGGGCACAGACCUCUUCACCGUUGGAGAGAGGAGCCUGACAGCCGUGUUCUCUCUGAGAUUUCCAACUGGAUGUGUUUCUGUUUGCAGUGUUGGUGAGUCCUGGAAAGAUGUGAGUUUUGGACUUUCACAUAGCCAAGGUCAGAAUGCUGCCCCUUCGUCCUGCUCUGGCUGUAGCUGUUGUCCAGAUCUUUAUCUUGUCAGAAAGCUGGGCAUUGGCCAAGAACAUCAACUUCUACAACGUGUGGCCUCCUCUGGACCCUACGCCAUUUCCUAACAGCUUCAAGUGUUUUACCUGUGAAAAUGCAAGAGAUAAUUAUAACUGCAAUCGAUGGGCAGAAGACAAAUGGUGUCCACAAAAUACACAGUACUGUCUGACGGUUCACCACUUCACCAGCCAUGGAAGAAGUACAUCUAUUACCAAAAAAUGUGCCUCCAGAAGUGAAUGUCAUUUUGUUGGCUGCCACCACAGUCGAGAUUCUGAACAUACAGAGUGUCGGUCUUGCUGUGAAGGAAUGAUCUGUAAUGUAGAGUUACCCACCAACCACACCAAUGCAGUCUUCGCCGUGAUGCGCGCUCAGAGAACAUCUGGCAGCAGUGCCCCCGUGCUCUACCUGCCAGUGCUGGUUUGGGUCUUCAGGCCUCUGCUGAUAUGAGGCCACUGUUCCCAGGAGAGGCAGAAACUGCUCUCUGAAGCACGAGCCAAAAACUGUGUGAACACGGAACGUUGAGUGAGGACCAGUCUUGCACUUGGUGAAGAGUGCACUUCGGGCCCCAGAGCGGAAGCCCACUGUUCGCGGAGCUAAAACACUCCUGCACCAGGCCACAGGAUGGGGGAAGGGCAUGUGGCAGGGACUGAGGGCGUUGUCUGGCUUCCAGGCUUCCUGGUCAGAGGGGCUGCAUUUUGUCUCUUCUGCAGGGAGGAUCCCGCCGGUAUCUGCAACGAGUAGGUUGCAGCAGCCUGUUUUGGUGCUCCUGCCCAGGCUUGUAACUGAAUGGACUCCUUGAGCUCAAGACUCCUUCAGGGCUGGUGUGUCAGACUCUCUCAUUUCUGUGAUUAUGUCAGAAGGUCCCUAUGAAAUCUAACCCUUCUCCCAUGAGAAAGCAAUUUUCCCACCAACGACAUAGUCCGUGAGAAAGGCAACUAACUAAAGGAAGGAAACUUCCAUUUGAACUAAUAUGAAAUCCAUUUACUAUUGUGGGGGAAAUAAAGCUUUUAAGUUAUACAGUG